GGGUGGUAGGCUUUCGCUUUGCCGAAAUUUCAUCAAUAAGAAAAGAUAUAUCCCCUGUGGCGCCGGCGCCGGCGCAUAAUAAAAGGAGAAGUUUCUUUCGCUUAUUCUGGGAUCAGAACCCCAGCAAGCACCACGCAUGGCGGCCAUGUCGUCCUUCCGCCUCCUUCCCCUCGCGCUGCUGCUUGCCAUGGCGCACGCGCGGCUGCAGCCCACCAUCCGGCUGCCAUCGGACGACGGCUCCGUCGGGACCAGGUGGGCCGUCCUCGUCGCCGGCUCCAGCGGCUACUACAACUACCGCCACCAGGCGGAUAUUUGCCACGCCUACCAGAUAUUGAAGACGGGUGGUCUCAAGGAUGAGAACAUCAUCGUCUUCAUGUACGAUGACAUUGCGCACAACCUGGAGAACCCGAGGCCGGGCGUCAUCAUCAACCACCCCCAGGGUGGAGAUGUCUAUGCUGGGGUCCCUAAGGACUACACUGGGAAGGAGGUUAAUGUCAAGAACUUGUUUGCUGUCCUGCUCGGUAAUAAAACCGCUGUGAGUGGUGGGAGCGGCAAAGUCGUGGACAGUGGCCCUAAUGAUCACAUUUUUGUGUUUUACAGUGACCAUGGGGGUCCUGGGGUCAUUGGGAUGCCUACCUAUCCAUACGUUUACGGUGACGAUCUUGUAGAUGUCCUGAAGAAAAAGCACGCUGCUGGAACCUACAAAAGCCUGGUAUUUUAUCUUGAAGCCUGUGAAGCUGGGAGCGUCUUUGAGGGGCUUCUGCCAAAUGACAUCGGUGUCUAUGCGACCACCGCGUCGAACGCGGAGGAGAGCAGUUGGGGAACGUAUUGCCCCGGCGAGUACCCUAGCCCUCCGUCCGAAUAUGACACCUGCUUGGGCGACCUGUACAGUAUUUCUUGGAUGGAAGACAGUGAUGUACACAAUCUGAGAACUGAAUCUCUCAAGCAGCAAUAUGACUUGGUCAAGAAGAGAACGGCAGCUCAGGACUCAUACAGCUAUGGUUCCCAUGUGAUGCAAUACGGUUCUUUGGAUCUGAAUGAUCAACAUCUCUUCUUGUACAUUGGGUCAAAUCCUGCUAACGACAACACUACAUUUGUUGAAGAUAACUCACUGCCGUCCUUCUCAAGAGCUGUUAAUCAGAGGGAUGCUGAUCUUGUCUAUUUCUGGCGCAAGUACCAGAAAUUGGCUGAGAGCUCCACUGAGAAAAACGAUGCUCGGAAGCAAUUGCUCGAGAUGAUGGGUCAUAGAUCUCAUAUUGACAACAGCGUCGAGCUGAUUGGAAACCUUCUGUUUGGUUUUGCGGAUGGUCCAAUGGUUCUAAAGACUGUUCGCCCAGCUGGCGAGCCUCUUGCUGAUGACUGGAGUUGUCUCAAGUCUAUGGUGCGUGCUUUUGAAUCACAAUGUGGCUCGUUGGCGCAGUAUGGAAUGAAGCACAUGCGGUCCUUUGCAAACAUCUGCAAUGCCGGCAUCCUUCCUGAAGCGAUGGUGAAGAUGGCUGCUCAGGCAUGCACCAGCAUCCCAACCAACCCCUGGAGUGCCACACACAAUGGUUUUAGUGCUUAAACCAUAGGUCCAGCAACUUGGCUACUAUUUCAGCUAUUGUACCAUAUACCAAAGUCCCUUCCUAUUCACACAGGGUCAGUAGUGCUUGAACGAACCUUAGAUGAAUACGAAUUAUGCCAUUACUUCAGCUAUUCCCACCACACCAAAUUACCCUUCCGUGUGCCCCGACUUAUAAUGUACAUACACCAUAGUAGGAAGGUGAUUUCCUGUGAUUGAUGUACAUAUUCGUGAUAGCUUGUGAUCAGAUGUGUAGCUCACAAUUACAUAUAUGAAGAAUGCAAGCGCUGCUAUUUUCUACGUAGAUUGAGUAAUCUCAUAGUACUAUGAGCUGCUAUUUCCCCAUCCAUUUGAAACCCUGCAGCUACAUAGACAGCAUGACAUUGUAAAUGAAACGAUAUUGUUAUGAAUAAGACUGUGAUUAUGUGCUGAA